AUGAGCUCGAGCAACGACAAGUUCCCGCUGCCCGACGGCUACUUCCCGCCGGUGAAGCUCAUCCCGGCGGAGAUCGAGGUCUACGAGCAGCGCGUCGAGAUCAUCAUGAAGAACGCGCUGGCCGAGUACAACCUGCACGAGGCCAUGGGCGCUCGGCCGGACUACGGCUCCCGGUGGAGCGUGGUCGGCAACGUCGAGCACCUCACGGCCAUCCGCGAGGUGGACCCGUCCAGGGCGGUCGAGUCCUCGCGCGUCUUCGGACGCGUCGACGGGGACUACCGCAACUUCAUCGACUUCUACUACUCCACCACGGCGCAGGAGGUGUUCGCCGUCAACCAGUUCAUGUUCGGAUACGCGGUGGAUGCCGCCGUGCUGUGCAACAUCCACACGAAAGAAUCGGCCAAGCCGCAUCUGUAUCUCGGCAUGAAGUGGGUCUGCCUGGACCCGUCGACGCUGUCGCGCAAGCGCGAUAUGUGCUUCCUUGAGUACCUCGUCUUCACGAAGGACCUCCAGGAGCGCGACGUCGGCGUGCGGAUCACGCUGCCGCUGCAGCUCGACGAGUGCCCGCCGCUGCCCGAGAAGCUCAAGACCAGGCGGAUCCAGUCGCACACGGUCACCAUUGUCCGCCCGACCACCGACAGCGCAGACACCACGCAGAUCUUCAUGACGAGCGAGGUCGACAUGUUCAAGGGCUCCGGGUUCUCGUCGGUUGCUACGUUCAAGAAGCUCAUGACGACGCUGAGCUCCAUGGCGCUGUACGCCGACUCGAAGAAGAUCUCGACCUACGGCAUCCUGGACCGCAGCAGUUGGGCGCCGAAGAAGGCGCGGUCGAACUGCUCCGUGUGCAACCGCAAGUUCUCCACGACGCGCCGCCGCCAGCACUGUCGGCUCUGUGGCGAGGUCGCGUGUCGGCGCUGUAUGACAGUCCGCGAUGCGCCAAACCUCGAUGACAACGCGACCUCCACGCCGCGCACGUUCCAGGUGGUGAAGACCACGUUCUGCAAGGCUUGCAUGGGCAAGAUCCGCGGCAGCGACGUCACCAACAGCAUUGCCGGGAUUGACAGCCAGGACGAAGGAUUCUCCGACGCCGAGUCGAUCAGUUGGUUCCCGGACAGGUCCCAGCGCCGAAGCUUGGACAACGAUACCAACUUCACGUUGACCGGGGGCUCGGCAACUCAGGACAAGUUUUCCAGCAGCAUCAGCUCCGAGGUGUACUCGGAAACGAAAACGAGCGUGUCGUCCUCGCAAGAUGAAGACGAAGAGAUCGAGGUUGAGGUUGAGGAAGUCACGGAGCCUGCUGCUCCGAUGAUGAUUGAUCUGCGUCAUCUCCGCACUAUGGCUGGUGCAGAGCGCGUCGUACAAGAAGCCGAAGAAGCUGAACUGCGGACGAUGCGUGAGUCUCUCGCAGCGCUGGACUUCAAGACGGUUCGUCUCAUGAACUCGCCGAGCGGUAAACUACCGCCCAUGGAGGAAGACGACGACGACGACGACGACGACGAUGUCAUUGAAGUAAUCGACACGCCGAACCAGAUCGUGUCUACUUCACGGCAAAUCGUGUCGUCUCCUUUGGACGAAUCGCCCAUGGAUGAACACGCCCUGGCAGACCAGGUGCUGUUUGGAUCGAGUCGGUCAAUCGACCAGUGCCUCCAGGAGCAGGAAGUACUGCUCAAGCGCUUGGUGAUGGCAGCGAACUCGUCCUCCGGAUAUUAUCCACCCACCGCGCGCAGCCAGAAGUGA